AUGACAAAGAAAGAGGAGAUGACAGAACCUCCAACAUUUCCACCAAAGAUGAAGGAUCUCGGAAAGUUAACCAUCACUUGCACCAUUGGUGGUUUGAAAAUCCCACAUGCUUUAUGUGACUUAGGGUCUAGCAUUAAUGUCAUGCCGCUAAACAAAUUUAAGGAAUUGAAGAUAGGAGAGAUCUUACCAAGCAACGUGACGCUCACUUUAGCUGAUUCGUCUGUUAUGCAUCUGCUCGGCAUUGUACAAGAUAUGUUAGUUCAUGUCGAUGGUUUGUCCUUCCAUGCAUAUUUUGUGAUAAUUGACAUGAAAGGAGAUUCGGGAGGGUCAGUUAUUCUCAGGCGCCCAUUCUUGGCAAUCGGGAAGGCAAAAAUAGACGUGGAGACAUGUGAACUUAUUUUGAAAUUCAACAAGGAGAAUGUGGUGUUUAACGCAAAUGAAUGA